AAAAAAGUUACUCCUUUUUAUGUGUCAUUUGCUAUAUUAACGUUUGCUGAAUUAAGUUGGGCGUUUUUAAGACAAGUCUAAAAAUCUGAAAACAUAAAUAAGAAAGGCUAAUAUUACAAUCACUAAACAAACUACUUUACAUAGAAAAAGUACAUUUAUAAAAUAACACAAGUACAACAACUAUGGAUGUUAACAUGCAAGAAUAUUUCAAAAACUUUUAUCUAUUCUUAAAGGAAAAAGAAUUUUGUGAUGUAAAUUUAGUUACCGAUGAAGGCUUACAAAUAGCAGCACACAAAAUUAUAUUAGCUUCUGCGAGUUGUGUAUUUUAUACGAUGUUCAAUGGACAGUUUAGAGAGAGAAAUAAAAAUAAGAUUCUUAUAAAAGGCAUGGAUUUUGAAACUUUAGAAUCAAUUGUUAAUUUUGCGUACACGUUUAAACUUGAUGUUAAACAAAAUAAUUUUGAGAAACUAUUGAUGGCUGCCGAAAUGUAUGAUAUAAGUGGUAUAAGAGAAUUGUGUUUCAAAUAUAUUAAAGAAAACAUAAAUCCUACAAAUUGUGUUAGUAUUAUGAAGAUUACCGAGUUAAUACAAUUGAACAAAGAAAUUAAUAGUUUUUGUUGGGCGUAUUUUUUAAAUAAUUUCACUAUGAUUGUGAAUUCGGCUUUAGAAGCGGAACUAUAUGGGUUUCCAAUUGAAGAUGUCCUUAAAAUGAUUAAACAUGAUGAUUUAGUAAUUGAUUCUGAGGAAAAGGUAUUUGAUUUCAUCAUUGGUUGGAUAAGCUAUAACACAAAUGAACGAAAGCAUAUGUUUUUGGAUCUAAUGAAAUGCAUACGGUUGCCUUUAAUUUCAAUUAAAGGACUUAAACGGAUUUGUAAUGAACCAUUGUUAUCAAAUAACAAAGAUUUUAUGAUGGACAUGUUAAAAGAAAUGAACAAUACAAAACCUCUAAAUACACAACGAAGAAUUCCUGCGUCAAAUAUUAUUGUUGCAAUUAAUGGUCCUAUCCCUGGAGAAGAUUCCUGUGUAAAGUAUAUGGAUAUUAAAAACUGUGAUGACUUAAAAUGGAAAUCGAGCGAUCAAUUAUUUUUUAUUCCUCUCCGUUUUCUAACAACGAUGGUACUCUCGGAAAAUGGGAUAAUACUUGCCGUUGGCGGGUUAGAUGAGUCUGGUAAUCAUGUCAAUCUUGUAGAAGAGCUUGAUCUUAAGUCAAAAUCAAAACAAUGGAUUUCUACGAGGCCAUUGAUUCAACCACGAAAAGAUUUUAGUGUUUGUACUCACAAGCAAUACGUCUAUGUUGUCGGAGGCACUGAUUUCUCAAGUGUGAAUCUGUCGAGCUCUGUAGAAUAUUAUGAUAUAAAUUCAAAAGUAUGGACCGAAAUUAUUGAACCAAUGCCCACUGCUCGAGCCUACAGCGGCUCCACAAUAUUUCAUAAUAAAUUAUAUGUUUUUGGUGGAUAUUAUGGUGAUUUUCUUGCGACUGUAGAAUAUUAUGAUUUUGAAAAGAAACACUGGAAACAACUCGAUCCUAUGCCGAUUUGUAAUUAUAACAUUUGUAUAUCACGAAUAGAAAACGUCAUUUAUCUCGUUGGUGGUCGUAGAGCACCUAAACGAGUUUUUAAGUUUGAUUUACAACAUUAUAAAUGGUUUGAAAUGCCUAACAUGAACAUGGACACAUUUGGAGAUUGCUCGAGUGUUGUUAUCAUGAAAAACGACUUAUUCGUGUUUGUGAACGAUGGAGGAACAGUUCAUUGUGAAAGAUAUGACAAAGAAGAAAGACAAUGGAAAUCGGUAGACAGUGCAGGAAAGCAAACAUACAAAUUUUGUAAUAUGAUUACUUUUAAUGAUAUUGCUCUUAAAUCCUACGGUAUAUACUUAUAAUACUAUUUUUUUAUAUUAUUUUGUUGUUGAUGAUACUUUGGGAGAACUUCAUUGUGUAAAAAUAUGGCAUAUAGUUGACAGGGCUAGAGAGCUAUCGAAUGAUUUUUGUUAAAAUAUUAUGGCUUGUAAUGAUGUCACAUAUCAU